UUAUCAAAUGCUGGCUUAUAAAAAAAAGAAAAAAGAGAAACUUUUCUUGGUACCCAAAUUUCAGUCGGUUCACCGUCCAGACAAAAACCGGGAUGUGAACAGUUCGGCACUUAAAUAUCCUGGGAUAGAUUAGUCAUUCAAUGUAUACCAAUUUAUAUAUUUUUUUAAUUCUUCCUCAAAAGGCCUAUUUCCCUUUUUUAUACUUACAAUAAAAAACCUACAGAGCAAACCCUUCCCAACUAGUUUACGGGUUUGAAGAUUUUCGUUUCCUAGAAAAAAAAUCUCAGAACCCUAACUCACUCCUCUACUCUCUUUUUCCCGUAAUAGUUGUUGUUAAUGUGAUGGAUAUCGAGCAGAAACAAGCGGAGUUUAUCGAUUAUUUUGUAAAACAAGCAGAGAAUCAAAAGGGAUCAUCUCUUGUUAAUGUAAUCGUUGAAGCUACUUCUCAUCCUUCUUUGUUCGCUUUCUCUGAGAUUCUUUCUGUUCCUAGUAUCAUUCAGCUUCAGGGAACAGAGUUUUCAGUAUAUAUUGAUGUACUCCGUUUGUUUGCUCAUGGCACAUGGAGUGAUUAUAAAAGUAAUGCUGGCUCUCUUCCACCUCUGGUACCCAAUCAAGUUCGCAAACUUAAGCAACUUAGUCUGCUCACUCUGGCUGAGGUAGACAAGGUACUCCCUUAUGACCUGCUAAUGGUAGAGCUCGAUGUUUCUAACGUCCGCGAACUUGAAGACUUUCUAAUCAAUGAGUGCAUGUAUUCUGGCAUAGUCCGUGGGAAGUUGGAUCAGUUGCGAAGAUGCUUUGAGGUGCAAUUUGCUGCAGGUAGGGACCUGAGACCUGCGCAACUAGGGUGCAUGAUACAGACAUUGUCAGCCUGGUUAAGUACUUCGGACAAUCUGCUUGUUUCAAUUCAAGAUAAGAUCAAAUGGGCUGAUACUAGGAGUGAGUUAGACAAGAAACAUCAGAAGGAAAUUGAGGACAGGGUCGAGGAAGUAAAGAAGACCCUCAACCUCAAGUUACCAACUUUAAGCAGGCAGACCCAGAGUUUCGAGGUCACGAGGAGAUCUGCUAUGCUGAACCAGGUGGAGUGAUGGACUACGAGGAAGAUAGAAGCCGACCUAAGAGGAGACGGCCACCAGUUUCAUAGACAGAUAGAGGAAUGUCAGCUGGGAUUUGUUGAAUCAUCCAGCUUAUGGUUUUGGCAAUUGAACUUACUUUGAAUUGUCUCCUUUUAACAAAUUGGACUUGGCUCAUCUGCAUUGAGUCGGCACAAAAUAUAACCUGAAUGUAGAAUCUUUCUUAUGUUUGAUAAUUUUUCUACAUUUAUGUUUCCUGAAUUAAUCGGAUUUGGAUUUGCUUAGUUAGGCAGAAAUUAUAUACAUGUUCAGGGGACAAUUAUAAUUUUGAUUUACUCAUUUUUAGAAGUCAUAUGGCCACAUUUUAUUUU